CCGUGUACGAUGAUUGGCUAACACAGAACAUGGAGGCGGGACAAACAGCCACAGCUCGCGCAACCAGGAACGCCAUUAGCGCUUCAUAGCUACAGCGAAGGAAAAGGCUUUAGGCUUCGCUUUGCCCGGAUUUAAAAAAGCACCGAAAGUCAUGACCAGAGGAAACCAGCGUGAACUUGCCCGACAGAAGAAUGCCAAGAAGCAAAAUGAGCAGACCAAGGGCAGGAAGGAUGAUGGUCUCUCCGCUGCUGCUCGCAAGCAGAGGGAUGCAGAGAUAAUGCAGCAGAAACAGAAGAAAGCCAACGAAAAGCCGGACCCUAAAUCGAAAUAACCAGUGGGACACAUUGGGAACAGCAUGCAUUUUUGCAGAGGUUCCCAAUCUUCAGACUUCAGCUCGCGGCUCACGAAAUGUUGUAACCAUAUAGACAGCUAAAAAUUACUGACUUUGGUAAUCGGUCGGAGAAAAUAGUCUACAAUGUGGCUUCAGAAAGAUCUCACUUAUGAGGGAAAAUCUUUGAGUUAAGUAAUGAUUCAUCCAUUGUUCCAAAUAUAAUCAGUACACGCAAUGAAUAUGUCAAAUGAUAUGUAAAUUGGCUUAAUCGUAUUUUUAACUAGUUAAAAAUAUUGACGUGUCGUUCCACCACAUGUUAAAAGCAACUGUGUUACUGAUAAUUCUUGGUUCAAGUGUCAUGAGAUUGCAUCUUAAUCUUCCAUCUUGUGUCUCCUUUUGAUUUCACGUCACCUUUGAGUGUGUACUAGAUAUGGAGCAGAUCAUUUUAAAGAGGGAGACUUCCAGUCAACAUAUGAAUUGACUUUCGAGUUUCUGUAUUUUUGUAUUAAACACCCUUAAUAAACUGUACAUUUUUAAACUGA